AUGAAGACUAAUGGACAUAUGAAAGGUGGAGGUGAACUCAAAGGUAAACAAGGAGGUGAAUACUACCAGACCUGGGCCAAUUACUUCAUAAGAUUUUUCGAAGAAUAUCACAAAAACGGAAUUGGUUUUUGGGGUGUCACUGUACAAAACGAGCCCACUUCCGGUCUUAAUCCCGACUAUGGAUGGCAGACAAUGUAUUUUAGCGCUGGCAUGGAAAGAGACUUUGUAAAAAAUCUGUUAGGUCCUGCGUUGAAAGCAUCUCCAUACGGCAAAAAUCUUCAGUUGAUGAUCAAUGAUGAUCAGCGAUACAACCUACCAGAAUGGGCCGAUACGAUUUUGAGUGAUGCCGAUGCUGCUCAGUACGUUUCUGGCAUAGCCAUCCAUUGGUAUGAGGACUUGGAAGUACCUGCUUCAGUGCUAACAACUACCCAUAAUCGCCAUCCGGGCUACUUUAUGCUGGCCACAGAGGCCUGCAAUGGUUACCUUCCCUUACAGGGCUCACCCAUACUAGGCGAUUGGGGUCGGGCUGAAACAUACAUUGAAGAUAUCAUAACUGACAUAACGAACUAUGUAGCUGGCUGGAUGGACUGGAAUCUCUGCUUAGACAUGCAGGGCGGACCUAAUUGGGCAAAGAAUUUUGUGGAUUCACCAAUUAUAAUAAACGCAACUGGGCAGGAGUACUAUAAGCAGCCGAUGUGGUAUGCGCUGGGUCAUUUUAGGUAA